GAGAAAGAGCUGUGGGGGCUAGGGGUUUUCAGCUUCUCAUCAUUUCUUUUCUAGUUUUCUAUCUUCACUGUUUUUCUAAUCUGAGCGUAAAAGGUGUGGAGCUCUCUUUUCUUUUUGAGCAACUUUAAUCACCGCUCGUCCUCCUUCUGGGGUUGAGCUUUCGUUCUGUAAAACUACAUUUUCCCGGCGGGAUUUGGCCGGAUAAUGGCAUAUAUGUGUGCGGACAGUGGCAACCUCAUGGCGAUUGCUCAGCAGGUCAUCAAGCAGAAACAACAGCGAGAGGAACAGCAGCAGCAACACCAUCACCAGCAACAACAUCUCGUGGGGAUCAAUCCUCUCUCCCUGAAUCCCUGGAACAAUACUCACCACACUUUGUCCGGGUCUCCAAAUUCGGGAUUCGGGCUCACGGGUACGGGGUUCUCCGACCCUUUUCAAGUCGGCGGCGGGGCAGAUGCCGGAGAACCGGGCUUUCAGUUUCCGAACCUGGAGCACCACUCUACCGGGUUCAGAUUUACGGAGUUUGGUGGCGGUCCUUGUGGCGAGUUCGACUCUGACGAGUGGAUGGAUAGCUUAAUGGGCGGUGGAGAUUCAACGGAUAGUUCCAAUCUGCCCACGGGAUACGACGCCUGGCCGAACAAUGCUGAUUUCGGACUCUACGGUACAGAUCCAUUUACCGCCUGCCCGAAUCGACUCAGUGUCCCGUGCUCGGAUCUCAACCGCGUUAUCUUCUCGGAUACUCAGAAAAGUCCGACUCCAAGCCCAUCUAUUCAACCGCAGGUACCCUCGUGGACCCCACCUCAGCCACAACCACAGCCAUCACCUGCGGUAAUUAAGGACGCGAAGCCAACGAACACAUCACUGCCGAGCCCGCACAAGAACGACGUCGUUGGGGUCUCCGUAUCUAGCUGCUCACUGGAAGUCGAGUCUGCGCCGCCACUUUUGAGAAAGCUCCUUGACUGUGCUCGACUUACGGAGUCCGAACCAGAUCGUGCCGUGAAAUCCCUGAUUGCACUCGGGAAAUUCGUGUCGGAGCGCGGUGAUCCAACUGAGAGGGUUGCCUAUCACUUCUCUCAGGCACUCUACAGCAGACUGUCUGUUCAAGCAGACAAAAGCUUGAUUGUGAGUGAAGAAGGGAGCGCUUCCGAGGAUUUCACACUGACUUACAAAGCUCUGAACGAUGCGUGCCCGUAUUCGAAGUUUGCACAUUUAACAGCGAACCAAGCAAUCCUAGAAGCUACAGAGAGGGCAACCAAGAUUCACAUAGUGGAUUUCGGCAUCGUUCAAGGGGUUCAAUGGGCCGCGCUUCUACAAGCUCUGGCGACCCGGUCCACUGGAAAGCCCACUAUGAUUCGAAUCUCGGGCAUACCGGCCCCAGCGCUCGGGAAUUCUCCGGCGGCAUCUCUAUUGGCAACCGGAAAUCGGCUGCGCGAGUUUGCCGAUAUUCUUGACAUGAACUUCGUUUUCGAACCUAUCCUGACUCCAAUUGAGGAGCUAAACGAGUCGAGUUUCCGAUUUGAGCCGGACGAGGUCUUGGCCGUGAACUUCAUGCUUCAGCUGUACAAUCUAUUAGACGAGAUCCCAGUCGCCGUCGAAGCGGCUCUCCGGUUGGCCAAGUCCCUGAAUCCAAAGAUUCUUACUUUGGGGGAAUACGAAGUUAGCUUAAACCGGGUCGGGUUUUUGCAGCGGUUCAAGAACGCGUUGAGGUAUUACUCGGCCGUGUUCGAAUCGCUCGAGCCAAACUUGAGCCGAGACUCAGCGGAGAGGUUCAAAGUGGAGAGACUAUUGCUGGGCCGUCGAAUUGCCGGAGUGAUCGGGCCUGAGGAAUCGAGAACUAAGAGGGAACGCAUGGAGGACAAAGAGCACUGGAGGGUUUUGAUGGAAAGUGCUGGUUUUGAGACCGUAGCCCUUAGCCAUUAUGCAGUGAGUCAGGCUAAGAUCCUCCUAUGGAACUACAACUACAGCUCCAAGUAUUCUCUAGUUGAAUCUUCACCUGGGUUUUUCACUCUGGCAUGGAACGAAGUCCCACUUCUGACUGUUUCGUCGUGGCGUUGAUGAUGGGUACUGGCCUCAGCUCGGUAAUAGUUUCCACCAGGUCUUUUUUUCUCCGAUGUGGAACAUCUUAGAAUUUCUAUACGCCACUGACGAACAGAUUUAUGGAACUUAGUCAUGCUUAGUGAAAUUACAGGUAGUAUUCAUCACAAUCUAUAGCAUUAAAAUACUGCAUUUCCAGAACCAUUGAAGCUUGUACUUCUUGCUUAGUUUUAAUGUCUUCUUUUCUUUUUUGGGACUUCGUUAACGUCAUAAUGUUCUUUUAUGCUUUUCUGGUUGGGCUUUUUGUAACAUGUUUGGGGCUUGAGUCUGCCAAAUUGUAAAAAAGGGAAUUGAAAAUCAAGGGGAAAAAAGGAAAAAUGUUUCUUUUCCCCAGUGUCCGUGUUUCUGUAUGUAAAUUUAAACCUUUCAUGUUAUUUUAAUUCGAUUCCAACGGCCCUAUA